AUUACACGCGCAAAAAUUUUAUCAGUUAAAAGUAGUUUUGUGAUUCUAACAUUCCAAAUAUUUAUAAAGUUACUUGAUUUUUUCCACGGUAUAUAAAAUAGUGUAAAGAAUUCACUUAAAACAUUAUACAUGAUGAAACGCGUAACUGAACCUGUUCGAAAAAGCCUGUUAGACUUGAUCAGAAAAAAUAUUCGUGCUGCCGGUAAAGUUUCGUAUAUAACACGCGUGGUAUAUAUCGGAGAAUAUACUGGUGCAAAUUGGAACAUAGAAAAGAAAAUGGAAUCUAUAAUGGAGGACUUACAAGCAGAUUAUGUGAAUAAUUCCAUCAGUGGAUUAUUCUUGGCUUAUCCGGAUUAUUAUAUUCAUGUAUUAGAGGCACCAGAGGAUAUAAUUUAUAGACAUUUCAAAUUGUUGUACAGUAACGAGAGUGAGGAUUGUAAAAUAGGGAAGGCAAUUUUUCUCCCAACUUAUCAUCAUGUUCAUCAGAGAUUCUUUAUGAGAUGGUACCACGCGUAUACAGUACCACCCACUUUGCUACAGCCAUUGAAGUCAUACGAAUUGAGUGAUAUUCAGCACCAGAUGUCAAUUUGUUUCAAUAAGAUAUAUACAUUGUGUGAUCAUAUCUCGAAUACUGAUCGCGAUCAUUCAGUGACGAUGCAGGAAGUUAUAAGAUCGUUGGGUGACAAGCUUGCGCGACUUUAUCCCGAGAGCACGUUGUUAGAGUAUUUAUUGAAUGCAAAAAGCCCUGUGCUUUUAACCGUUGAAAAGUAUUUGGACAUAUACGCCUCGGUUCCGCUUAUUAAUCUGUAUUCAGACACCAUCUGGCCGGCACCACGCGACUUGAUAUUCUGUGCCGAGUUUGAGAAAGAGGAUCAUAAGGGUGUCGAUUUGACGAACCAAAGGCGGAAUAUCCGUUAAAAAUUCAUCUGAUUAUCGACUUGGGAAUCGCCUGUUUUCUAAAUAGCGCAGCACUCGUGUCGGUCGAUCUCGAAAAAGAAAACAGAAAAAAGAAAAAAAGAAACGACGAGAAAAUGAUAGCGAUUUAUUCAUAGCAACACGUUUGCUCGGAACGAUGGAGCAAAUGAUGAUGAAAUGAAAUUCCAAUCGACACCAAUGCCGUCUGAUUUAGACCGUUUCGUUGAUGUAAAUCUAGAGAAUUAUACUUGAAUAAAUUAUCAAAAGAUUUAUUGGCA